GCCAAUCCAUGCAUCCUAUGCUGAAUUCUUCCACCAAACGCCAACUUUUCUCAACAAGUUAUCCAUCCAUGCAUGGUAGAGUGAGAAACACUUUGGUGCCCACUCUUCCUCCUCUCUUAUCAACCCUGAACCUUAAUCCCUCAAUAAAUGCUUCCUUCUAAAGUCUGCACCACCCUCUUUGUCUUGAUCCAAAUCCAAACACCUUUAAAUUAUUCCUCCCCCACAAACAUCCACAUCUCCAUCACAUUAUGUCACACAUCUCUUCAUGCCCCACCACUCUUUCAUGUCACACAUUUCUUCUCCCCAGAUCCUUUUCACCUCAUCAAAGUCUAAGCAUCCUCUCCACCCUUCUCUCCCUGUUCUGUCUUCUGAGUAGGAGAAGCUCCGAGCUCUCCCUCUUCUUGUUCUCUUGCACUCACUACUCAUUUCUAUAUUUCCUCCACUUUCAUAGCUAGCCUUCCAUCUUCUUCUCUCUUCCUCAUCACCUUCUUAUUCUUCUUCAUCCUUAUUCACAUAAAGAUUUGUAUUUUACUCACAAAAAUCUAUUUUUAAUUUAGUUUUCCAUCCCAUCACCUUUAUUUUGGUGUAAUUUUCUACCAAAUACCUUAUUUUUUGGUCUUCCCCGCAUGGCGGGGCUCGAUCUCGGCACUGCCUCCCGCUUCGUCCACCCUCUUCACCUCCACCUUCCUCACACGAAGCCGGACUCCGACGACUCCCCUGUCGCCACUGACGAGGCCGCCAACCAUGGGCUGGAGCUGUCCGCCCCAGCCGGACCCGGGGACGUCAUCGGCCGCAGGCCCCGGGGCCGCCCCCCGGGCUCCAAGAACAAGCCGAAGCCGCCGGUGAUCAUAACCCGAGAGAGCGCCAACGCCCUGCGCGCGCACAUACUGGAGGUCGGCAGCGGCUGCGACGUCUUCGAGUGCCUCUCCACGUACGCCCGCCGCCGGCAGCGCGGGGUCUGCGUGCUCAGCGGCAGCGGGACCGUCGCCAACGUGAGCCUCCGCCAGCCCGCCGGCUCGCCCGUUGCCACCCUGCAGGGCCGCUUCGAGAUCCUGUCCCUCUCGGGCUCUUUCCUCCCGCCGCCAGCACCGCCGGGGGCGACCAGCCUCGCGGUCUUCCUGGCCGGCGGCCAGGGGCAGGUGGUCGGGGGGAGCGUCGUCGGGGCGCUAAUCGCGGCGGGGUCCGUGACGGUGAUCGCGGCGUCGUUCACCAACGUCGCCUAUGAGAGACUGCCGUUGGACGAGGAGGAGGAGGAGGCGGCCGCCGCGACGCAGCAGCUCCAGAUGCACCCGCCAGCGUCACAGAGCCCAAGCGGCGGCGGAGGUGGGACAAGUGGUGCCCUCGGCCCUUCCUUCACGGACCCGUCGUCGGGGCUGCCGUUCUUCAAUUUGCCGCUCAACAUGCCGCAGCUGCCGGUGGACGGGCACGGCGGGUGGCACGGGAGUGCCGCCGCUGCAGCCCGACCGCCAUACUGAUCGGGGAUCCAAACCGUGGCAGAAGAAAGAAAAGCUUUGGGUUGAAGACUGCUACUGCUAUUGAAGCAUCGAUUUUACUUCUCUUUCUAUCACUGAUCUACCUCUUCCUUUUAUCUACAGGUUUGUGAGAAGUUAUUGAAUUGAUGCAAGUAAACAUUUUUCUUAUAGCAAAGAAAAGUAACUUUCAAUCUCACUAUUUUGCUCUUUUAUUUGGUUGGGGGGGAUGCAAUAUGAUUCCACCAUCUGGAUCUAGGCAUCUACUUGAAGUUGAAUGUGGGUUGUAGAGUAGAUUUAAGGUUCCAAAUCUUUUGUUGUUGGAGUAAUGAAGGUGCAUAGGAACAACAAGAGAUGGAGGGUGUAGAGAGAGAAAGAGAGGAGUAGGUCUCUUAAACCUAUAUAACACAGUCUUCCUGUCGCAGCUCUUUUUGGCCGGUUUCAAGUUCCCUUUUUGGAGAUAAAAUGAUAAUGAUACA